UGUUAAAAAUGUUUAGAUAGGCUAAUUUAUUUAAGCCUUAGUUUAUGAGAAGAUAUGAUUAAGCAAAUUCUCCUCUUCAUUUAGCGAUAGGUGACACAUCUGAAUUAAGAACAAAGUUAUUUCCAGAGAAGAGGAGAAUCCCAGGAAGAAAAGGGAAAAUAAUCAUAGCAAUAGGUGUUUUAUUUUAAGUUUGGGGGAUAAUGCAUAUAGUGGAAGUGAGGAGAUAAUUUAGGUACGGUUGAAUGGCUAAAUAAAAUAGACGAAAAGAAUUAGAGUUGAAAAAGAUGUAGAGAAAAUCUAUGCCAUUUUAUUAAGCUAUGCAAGAUAUUAGAUAUUUAGCAGCAGAAGAUAAGAGGAACAUAUUGAUUGAAGAAUUAUUUGCUGAUCAUGGAUCUGAUUAUAUCAAAUAGAUUACUGAUAUUUAUUUCCAAAAAGAUGUGUGGUAUAAUAAUUUAUAAAGAAUAUAGGGUUCCAUUUAAGAAAAGAUCUGCUCAUCAAUAUACAAGAGCAACUAAGGACCCCUAUCCUUACUUUGAUAUUCCAGGAUCACGUUUCUUGCAUGGUUACGACGUAUACAAUAUUUGA